AUGGACUUGACUAUCUCCACUCAGAGUGUCAUGUUAUUCACACUGGCGGAAAUAUACCGGGCCCCAGAGGUUAUUCUGGAUGCAGGCUAUUCGUACAGUGCCGAUAUCUGGAGCUUAGGAGUCAUGUUAUGGGAUCUUCUUGAGGGCAAAAAGCCAUUCAAGGAGGUUGAUCCCCUUCAAGUUCAAGGAUAUGACGAAUUUAACCGUCUUGGCCGUAUCUCGGCGUUGUUAGGAUCCCCUCCAAGGAAGCUCCUAGAGAAAGGAUCCAGGACCCAUCUCUUAUACAAACCCGAUGGGCAAUUCAAAGGAACAGCUAUUGCGCCAUCGAAUUUCAACUUUGAAAAAUCAAUAUACAACACCUACAAUGAGAAUAAGAGUAUGUUCGUUGAGUUCGUAAGAAGGAUGAUAAAGUGGAAUCCAGACGAGCGAACUACUGCGAAGGAAUUACUCGAGGAUCCAUGGCUUUAUGCGGAGUUUGAUGAAGAUUGA